AUGACUCCUGAUACUAAGGAUAUGAAGCUUUAUGAGGCUGCUCAAGUAAAGAGAUUCGCCUUCUUCGGAAUCGCUGUUUCCACUAUUGCUUCAUUGGUUGCCAUCAUUGCUAUCCCCAUGCUCUGCAUGCACACCCAGGGAGUUCACAGCAACGUUCAACAAGAGUUGACUUUCUGUCGCUCUAGAACUUCCAACAUGCGUGAGGAGCUCCGCAAACUUGUUGUUACACGUACCCCUCGUGAGAAGAGAUCCACUGCUGAACUCUGUUGCUCUUGUGGAGUUGGAGCUCCAGGACCAGCUGGAACUCCAGGAGACCAAGGAGAGCCAGGACGUGACGGUAAAAAUGGACAAGCAGGAGCCCCAGGACCUGAUGCCCAAGACAACAAUGCCAAGCCAAGACCAGAAGACUUCUGUUUCGAAUGUCCAGAUGCCCCAGCUGGACCACCAGGACCACCAGGACCACACGGACCACCAGGACCACGUGGAGGACCAGGACCUCUCGGAGGACACGGAAAGCCAGGAAACAGCGGACCACCAGGACCACAAGGAACUGCCGGACCAGCUGGAGGAGACGGAGAAGCCGGAGCCCCAGGAACCCCAGGAUUCAAGCACUUUGCUCCAUCCCCACAAGGAGAGGCCGGAUCACCAGGAGAGGCUGGAGCUCCUGGACACGAUGGAUUCGAUGGAAGACCAGGCAAACCAGGACGUCCAGGACAUAUGGGACAACCAGGAGAGCCAGGACAAGCUGGAAGCCCAGGAAAAGACGGAGAGGACGGAGCCCCAGGAAAGCCAGGAAGCAAGGGAAGCAAGGGAAGCUGCGACCACUGUCCAGUCCCAAGAACUGCUCCAGGUUAUUAA